GAGAUCAUGUGCAAGUAAACAAGCUAGUAAAUAAUUACAUUUGUCUAAUUUCUUCUGCAUUGUUGAAUAACAAUAUUAACACGAAUGUAAAAUAUGUUUUUUUUAGUAUUUAUUAGUGUCUAUUUUCAGUCAAUUAUUUAACUUGAAUGCAGGACACAUAGAUAGGACACCAUGACUGGACUCUCUCUCAUGUAGGUCCGUCGCCUACAUAUCCCAGAAUUCCCAGCCAUUGUUUAUUUGGACUGAACCUCCGCUGCUCUCUUUUACUGAGCACGGGGCUGCUCCAGCGGGAUUUACAGUAAUGCAGCCAUAUUAGGCUUUAUUCUUUCGCUUCAAAAAUGAAUAACAAAUGUGGCUGAAUCUACGGGGUUAACGGAGAAGAAAACGGUAACAUGAAAUGGAGAUGACUCGGGCCAGACCGUCCUUGUAUGGAGAAAUCGCUCAGGGUCUUGGAUUCUGGACGGACCGGUCAGCAGUGCAUGAGGCCGCUGCACAGGGCAGGGCCCUCCAGCUGCAGCAGCUGAUCGAGGGAGGUGCAGCAGUUAACAUCGUGGCAGUUGAAUCUAUCACCCCCCUGCAUGAGGCAUGUAUAAAGGGACAAACCCAAUGCGUCAGACUGCUGCUGGAAGCUGGUGCACAUGUGGAUGCUCGUAACAUCGAUGGCAGUACUCCGCUGUGUGAUGCCUGCGCAGCCGGCAGCCUUGAAUGUGUCAAGCUGCUGUUGGAGUACGGAGCAACAGUUAAUCCUCCACUAUUUACCUUCUCUCCGCUUCACGAGGCUUGCAUGGGAGGUAAUUCAGAUUGUGUUCAGCUAAUGAUUGAUCGAGGAGCUUUCAUGGAGGCUCAUGACUGCCACUAUGGGACACCGCUUCAUGUAGCCUGUGCAAGGCAACAUUACGACUGCACCAAAGUUCUCCUCAAUGCAGGGGCAAAUGUGAAUGCUGCCAAGCUGCACGAGACGACCCUUCAUCAUGCAGCCAAAGCAAAGAGCGUUGACUUGAUCGAUCUACUUGUGGAGUUUGGGGGGAACGUGUACGCCAGAGAUAACCUGAAAAAAAAACCCAUCCACUACACCAGUCUGGGAUCUCCCUCUUAUCUCUGCCUUGAGUUCUACGAGAAUACCCCUCUCAGUCUACAGCAGAUCAGCAGAGUGGCUGUGAGAGGGGCUCUUGGCAUAAGAGCAUGUGAAGUUGUUUCCAAGCUGGGCUUGCCCAAUCGCAUCAUACGUUUUCUUUCUUACAUGCCACUUCCAGUCAUUGAAAUUGAAUCGCCUAUGAGAAACUCAAGAUGCAGCUCUUAGAAGGUUAAAUCGAGACCGGUUAUGUCUGCUGACUCCUUGGAUACCUCAUCAGAAUGGCAUAUGACAGGAUGUUGAAGCUGCAGAGGUGCGGCACAGAAGAAAUGUCUUCACACUGUUGUGAAGACACCAGUUGGGUGCAGAGAGAUUUCACAACAUAAAUAAUUAGUUUACCCAAUCAAAUUAGACAGCCUUGAUUUAUGUACCAUCAGCUUCUCGAGAUGUUCUGGCGAACCUGUCAGCAAACAACUGCAUGGUUACACAUGCAGCAAACACAACAAAAUUGUUUAUCACAUAAUAUAAAUCGAAUCACCUCUUCCACUCCAUUUCAUAUUUUCCAGCAUUAUUUUAAAGCAAAUUGAAAUAUAUAUUCUUUUUUAGUGAUAAAUCAUUUACAAUUAGUUAAUGCACACAAUUCAAUAUUUUUACCGUGUGCAUCGCAGUCCACCAUUGCUCCGUCUGAAGAGCCGCAAUGCAUUGUGGGGGCGGUCAAGCAUGUGCAGUAAACUCACGUCUCAUUCUCUCAUACCUAGAAAUUCUUGCUAAUCUAGUAUACAUCCUGGCAUUUCUCACGUACACAAAAUCCACAUAGUAUGCAGCUGGAAUGCACUAUAUACAACAUUAUGUGUACUUAGUAAGAAUAGUGUGUUAGGAUGUGAUUUCAAACAGACUCUCCUGUUAGCUAUUUGCACUUGUUACGGCAACAAAUGCAUAACUUCCAUCAUAGUUUACCCUGAGCAAAGGCCUUAUCAGCCACACCUGUGCGGGAGUUUAGGGCCCUUAUCAAUUCAUUCCCAGAAGCUUUAUCAGAACAAUGGCUUAAUCUUGAAAUAUAUAAACAUGAACUUGGGUUGAUCAUCAUGAUCAAGUUAGUGUGACUUCAUCAAAGAUGUUGUAAUAUUUCAUUGAACCCAGAUGGAACAUGAAUAAGUUUGAUUACUAUGAUUAUAUCACUAUGUAUUUGUAUAUAUUAUGGAAGAAUAUAUUUUUAAUGUAAAUUUGUAAAUAAUACAGAUGGUUCUACCUCUAUUUAAUUUGUGUAAAUUAAUAGACUACUACAGGAAUAUUUUUAAAAUAAUUCUUCAGAGUUGUGUCUUCUGUUGUAACUGAACUACACGCAGUUUUUGUUGUUUUGUUUGUUGAUAAUGUUUCAGGAAAAUAUUGCUUCAAAACGUCUGCACUUGGCAAAACUAUAAUAUUGUUGUGAGGUAAUUUAGUUCAUAAUUUCCAUCUGAAUUAAAAAAAUAUUCCCACCAAAAAUGACCAUUUGUAUAUUAAUUACUCAGCGCAUGUUACCUUGAAUUCGGGAAGAACACCUUGUUUUUAUAGCAUGUCUCCACAUUGAAUGAAGAGUCUUGAUAAAUUGAAGUAAAUGGGGGCCGUGUUUAACAACAACAAAACAUUCAUUUACAAACUCUCACACAACUCGUGCAGUAUAACCCAAGUCUCAUUUAUCCAGUGCAAAUUUGCUUAAACUUUACUAUUUAAAACACUUACUGGUCUCCAAAGUGUUUUCGAGAAAAUGCACUUUUCUUCACAAACUCAAGGUAACACAGGAUGUGUAAUUGACAAAUGAUCAUUUUUGAAGAAUUUCUGUAAGGGCAAUUUUUUGUAAAAAGCAAUAAUUAUGUAACUGUCAUGUAAUGUCAAUAAUAAUGAAAGGCUGACAGCACCACUGGCCUCGUCAAGGUCGUCUCAGUGCAGAUAUCAGGGUAGUGGGUUAGAGAGGAACCUACAGAAGAUUAUAUUAAGACAACAUGGAGCUACAACCUGAAAUGAAAAUGAGAGAAAUGAGAUGCACCCACGCACAGAUAAUAGCUGCAUUCAUUCAGUCUGACUUACACAAAAACAUGUCUGAACUUGCAUCGCUGCUACAGAGGUAUCGGGUGUGAAAUGUUUUGUAUUGGUCAGAAUCAGAAUAAGCUUUAUUGCCAAGUAGGUUCUUCACUUGCCUUGGUGUUUGGUGAUUACAAUAAACAUAUUAAGAUGAAAUAGAAAUACAGGCAAAAGUCAAGUACAGAAAUAUCGAAGAGAAAAAUUACAAUAAAAUAUAAGAAUAAAAAUACUAUAACAAUGCAAUAAAACAGUUUUAACUGAUAGUUAUUUACAUGAACUGAAACCAUUUUAACAGACAUGUGAUCUUGGAGAUUGGAAAUAUACAUAUAAGGUCAUGCUUUGGAGAUAUUUUAAGCUUUUUGCAACUUGUGGGAGUUUACAGUCUACAAAUAAACACUUAUGUUGGGUAUUUUA